AUGGACUGGCGAAUAUUCAAAGUUUUACUCAUGCUGACCGUCAAAUGUACUGAUCCUGUCCUUAUCAACUCAACAGACAAGAAACUUUUGGAGAAGGCAGUUGGAGGAAGCGCAAUCCUGGAAUGCCAAUUCACCCUCGCCCCAGAUGACAUUGGACCUCUGGAGAUCGAGUGGACUAGGCUGUCUGGACUACAAGAGGACCCGGUAAUCAUUGUGUUCUCCGCCGGGCAGAUCUACGAUAACUACUAUGUGCCACUCAAAGACAGGGUCCACUUCAUUUCAACCGAUCCACGGAAAGGAGACGCCUCUGUUAAACUGCUACGACUGAGACCCUCAGAUUCCGGGACUUACAAGUGCCAAGUGAAGAAGGUCCCUGGUAUCCAGAGAAUUGCAGUCAUCCUCCGGGUGAUGCAUGCUCCCUCCAACCCAAGUUGUCACACAAAGGGCACUGCAGAGGUGGGUGGAAAUGUGGUGCUGCACUGCAAUGCCCAGGAAGGUGCAAUCCCCAUCGACUACAACUGGCAGAGAGCCACCGGACCCUACACACUACCAUCCUCUGCCCACUUAGAUGCUGUUGCAGGCAGGCUCCACAUCCCACGUGCAAAAGAGAAUGACUCAGGGACCUACCACUGCAUUGCCAGGAACCGGGUUGGAAUCGCGGAGUGCUUUUUGGAACUUCGGAUUAUUCCUCCUCCUUCCAUGGUUGGCAUGAUUUCAGGAGCUGUUGUGAGCAUCCUCCUGGUCCUUGCUGUGGUCAUCUUCAUUGUCUUCCGCUGCUGCAAGUGCAAGAUGGACACGGUGGAAGCAAAUGACAUUAGAGAGGAUGCAAGUCCCCCGAAACACAGAAAAUUAGCCAUGACAGGCAAUGUAACAAGAAGCACCACUGACCUCUGA